UUAUUCUAGCCGUUUAUUACACCUUCACCACCCCGGAUUGCAGACGACAUCAUUUUAUUGUGAAAGAUCUCAGUACUUAGCAUACAUCCCUUUUCUUGCAAUGACUUAAAACUAAGAAGAGUAAAGAAGUGAUUACCAUUAUAGUCGACUAGAAUAAACAGAUACAAUCGGUAACUAAUACAGAAUCCAAGUUCUACCACUUUACAAGUUACAGAAAAACGGAAAAACUGACCACAAACCACAAAGGAGGACAACAUAGUCAACUUUGACGAUGUUUUGUUCUUAAUGUAUGCACGUGAACUGAAGGAACUUGAAGAUAAAAGCGCACCCGGCUCAGUUGCCACAUUUCAACGGUAUUGUCCUCUUCUUGCUGUGUUAUAACUUUUACGCGCUGUUGUCCUGCAUCAUGACUCAAAGAUCUUGUGCUGUAUAUGGAGUUGGGAUUGUCAGCGCUCAUCUGCUGUUCAUCGGGAUUGGCUUGUUUGUGGCUCAAGUAUUUCAAACUGUAAUACAUAACCGGUUAAAAAAGGAGAUAACUCUGACAGAGGGCAGCCGUGUGUUUGAGACAUGGAAGAACCCUCCUCCUCCCAUCUUCAUGCAGUACUUCUUUUUUAACGUCACCAACCCAGACGAGUUCCUGGCUGGAGCCAAGCCUUUCGUCUCUCAGGUUGGCCCUUACACAUACAGGGAGUACAGGCCCAAGGAGAACGUGACCUUUUUAGAGAAUGGGACCAGGGUCGCUGCCUACCAAUCCAAGACCUUUGUGUUUCUGCCAGAGAGGUCAGUGGGUGAUCCUGACAUAGACAUGAUCACAACCAUCAACAUCCCAGCUGUGGCUGUGAUGAACAAGGUAAAGGAUAGCUUCUGGAAGAGUUCUAUGGUGUCUAUCUGGAUGAACUCCCUGCAUGUGGGCAUGUUCAUGACGCACUCCGUCAACGAGCUUUUGUGGGGCUUCAAGGACCCUCUGCUGUCCCGCAUACACCCCAUGAACCCUGAGAUCGACGAGUACUUUGGCCUCAUGUAUAAGAAAAAUGGAAGCAAUGAUGGUGAAUUUGUUUACCAUACCGGGGAGGCAGACUUCAUGGACUAUGGCAGGAUAGCCAGAUUUAAAGGAGAAAGCAAACUGAGUCUGUGGACGUCUGAGCAGAGUAACAUGAUCAACGGUACAGAUGGCAGUGCCUUCCAUCCCCUGCUGUCCAAGAAGGAGAGACUGUACAUCUUCAGUCCUGACCUGUGCAGGUCCAUCUUCAUGGAGUUUGAGAAGGAUGUGGAUGUGAAGGGACUCUCAGCGUAUCGUUUCACCCCUCCUCGUGACGUGCUGGCCAGCAAGGAGGAGAACCCAGCCAACGAAGGCUUCUGUGUCUCCCCCAAAGAGUGCCUGGGUAGCGGAGUGCUCAAAGUCAGCGUGUGUAAAAAAGGUGCUCCAGUGGUUGUGUCCUUCCCUCAUUUCUACUUGGGCGAAGAGAAGUACACUAACGCCAUUGAAGGACUGAGUCCUGUGAGAGAGCACCACCAGACCUACCUGGACCUGAACCCGACCACUGGUCUUCCUGUCCGUGCCAGUAAGAAGGCUCAGAUCAAUAUCCUCAUCAACAGAAUCUCUGGCUUCCCGAAAACCAAAUACCUGAAUGAGACUAUCUUCCCUGUCAUGUUUAUCAAUGAGACGGUUGUGAUAGACGACACGUCUGUUGCGAAGCUCCAAAAGCUGUUGCUGAUGGUGACGUUGGUGUCCAACUUCCCUCUCAUCAUUGUUGGUCUGGGGGUCUUGCUGCUGCUGGUGUUCAUCUGCCUCAUCGUCUGUGAACGCAAACUGAAGAUGACAACAAAGGAGGACACAUCUUAUUCUCCUGUGAGCAACAAGGAGGGUGACGAAAAAAAUGUCAGCACCUACAUUGGCAUGACUCCUAUUAUUGAAAAGUCUUGAGGAGGGAAUGGGAGUUUUUUGUUGUUGAGAUUCAAAGAUCUACUGUGUGUGAGUUGCUGUUCAGAGUUGAAUUGUUGCCUCUCUGUGCCUCAAAGUUAUAGUCUUGAUCAAUGUGACACUAGUUACACUAUUAUUGUGAUAUCUCCCUGUUUGUUUGUUUGGAUCUCGUUUAACCCACAAUGGAGGCUGUUCUUCCAAGAGUCCCUGUAAUAUUGGUUGAUAAUACACGUGACCCUUUGACCUGCUGUUUCAGACAUUCUCUUAAAGUUAAACUGUUUGAUACCUGUUAUUCACUUCUAAUCUCAUUGUAAUAUAAUGUAAAUAAAAAUACAGUCUCCUGUAACAAAAAUAUGCAUCCUUC